AUGGAUGAAAGGAAGGUCAAAGCAGUCAGGUCAUGGCCAGUCCCAACCACCAUAAAAGGGCUCCAACGGUUUCUGGGGUUUGCCAACUUCUACUGCCGUUUCAUUAAGAACUUCAGCUCCAUCGCCUCUCCUCUCACCUCUCUCCUCAAUGGUGGUCCUCAUUCUACGCUGCCCUUCGUGGUUGAGGUGGACGCCUCAAAAGUGGGCGUCCCAACGCCAAGAAUGAUAUUCAGUUUUGCCACUGAGAUUAAUGUUUUUCCUCGAGGAUUAUGUUUGUUGCAGAUGUGGUCUGUUCACUACACUUGCAGCUUUCAGUCCUCUGUUCUGUUUGGGAUGGCUGUUGACCGGUAUUUUGCCAUUUGUAUGCCAUUGCGCUACAAUGUCGUCAUGAGCUACAAUAAUUGUCGAAUAGCUAGCCUUGUGAUUAUAAUCCGUAACUUCAUUAUAAUAACAGCUAUGGUUGCCCUUGUUGGGACGCUAACAUUUUGCUCAUCCAAUGUCUUAUAUCAUACUCACUGUGAGCACCAGUUAGUGGUUACAUUGGCAUGUGGGGACACAACAUUCAUGACGUACAGGGUAAAACAUACCAUUAGCCCUGAUUUACGUAUUUUUAUCAGCUUGUUGUAUCUCCUUCUUCCUGGUCUUUGUAACCCAUUGAUUUAUGGCAUCAGAACUAAGGAGAUAAAGGUGCACCUGGCCAAACUUCUCAAGUGUGGAAGAGUUGAUCCUCUGUGA